UUCGUUCUGCUUGAUAUGUCCAGGAAUGGUUCGCCCAUUGUGUAUGCUUCUGCGCAGAUGAAUCAGUUGUUUGGGUUUGAAGACACGGAGCUCCUCGGCCAGCCAUGGACAAUCCUCUGCGGCGACGAGACGGACGUUGAUGACAUGAGAACACUUGAAUCUGCAGUCUACAGUACUGAAGAAUGUUCGAGGUGUCUUGUCUGUCAAAAGCAGACUGGGGAGAGGUUUUGGAAUCAUAUUUACCUA